UCAUCAGUCAUUCUGUGUCCGUCAACACUCGCAAUGCAAUCGUAGUUUAAACUGUACAAAUUCGUUGGUUGAAUUCGCGAAGGUUGUCAAUCAAUAGCAGGUAGUUGUGCGUUAAAAGGAAGUUUUCGAGAUCUACGUUCUACAAGUCUGCAAUAAAAAUAAAAUGUGCGACACCAACGGGUCCUUGACAAAAAGCAACAUAAAAGAUCCGAAAUUUGGGACCAAACUCGUGCACGCCGGACACAACCCUGGAGAGUGGACUUACAACGAUGUCGUGCCACCGAUUGCAAUGAGUACUAUAUUCAAUUCGAGAUCGCCGGGAGUAAUUGAAGGUUUCGAGUACACGAGAUGUGGCAAUCCAAUCCGUUCGGUCUUGGAGAAAUGUUUGACAGCACUGGACCACGCCAAGUACGCGCUGGUCUACAGCUCCGGGAUGGCGGCCAUCUCGUCCAUGGUUAAUCUGUUGGCGCCCGGUGACCAUAUGCUGUGCAGCUCUAACGUGUACGGUGGAACGUAUCGGCUGCUCGACAAAAUAGGCAAGCAUGCGGGCAUCUUGUUUGACUUUGUUGACUUUUCCGACACGGAGACUGUUAUCAAAAACAUAAAACCCAACACGAAGCUCGUUUGGUUUGAGAGYCUAUCAAAUCCUUUAAUGAUCGUUAUAGACGUACAAAAAGUAUCUGAAGCCGUUCACAGGAUUCGUGCAGACAUCUUAGUGGCCGUUGAUAAUUCAUUUGUGACCCCCUAUUUUCAGAGACCGUUGGAUCUUGGCGUAGAUGUUAUUAUGUAUUCGUUGAGUAAAUAUAUGAAUGGACAUUCAGAUAUACUUAUGGGGGCACUAGUAACCAACAACAAGAAGUUAUAUGAUAAAUUAUACGUUUUUCAAUACACCUCAGGAAACGUACCGUCGUCGUUCGACUGUUACAUGGUCAACCGCGGACUGAAGACGUUACACGUGCGAAUGGAACAGCACAUGAAGAACGCCACGGCGGUGUCCGUUUACUUGGAAUCGCAUUCCAAAGUGCUUAGAGUGAACUACAUGGGCCUACCCAGUCAUCGGCAACACGAAAUUAUCGAAAAACAGUUCACAGGCUACAACGGCAUAGUGUCGUUCUACAUCAACGGCGGCAUCGAAGUGAGCACAAAGCUGUUGGAAUCGCUUAAGCUGUUCUGUAUCACGUGCAGUCUGGGCUGCUACGAAAGCUUGGCCGCUCUUCCGUGA